AUGACCAAAAAUGACAGAAAAAUUGAAAAAAAGAACUUGGCGCUUUUUCUUAAAGGCGCAGAGCUUAAAGUUGUAAAUGGAGUCUCGCCGUGA